AGAGCACGCACACACAGGCACGCAGACGCGCGCACAGGAGCGCGCGCGCACAGACACGCGCACUCUGUCCUAUUUCUACCGGCACGGACAGUCUCGGAGCGAUUACUGAUGGAUGCUCCGGCUCCUCUGGAUGCCUUGUCAAAGCAUGGAGGUUGCAUUAGAUGUGACUGAAAUCCACCCCUGACUUUAUUAUUUUUUAUUUUUAUUAUUUUAUUGUUCCUAAGAAGAGCCCGGUUGAUUUGGUGGCGCUUGAUCACUGCAGCUCAACAUGUUCAGCCUGAUUAAAAAAGACAAAGAGAAGGAUGGGGUGAAGAAGGAGAAAAAAGAGAAGAAGGACAAAAAAGAGAGGAUGUCCCAGGCUGAGCUGAAGAGUCUGGAGGAGGUAGGGAUGCGACGGGGGUUCUUCAACCUACAGCGUGGUGGUUCCAAAAGAGAAUCCAGGACCAAGUUGGAGAUUUCUGACCCUAUUCCAAUUCAAGUGGUCAACAACCCAGAGCUCACCUUGAUCGACGUGACAUCCGAUAGGAUCAAUAACAGAAGCAGCAUGCUCUUGGAUGUCGGGCGUAUAAGCACCUCUAGUUCCGCUGACAACAUUAAAGGUGAGACAAUCCAGGCAACUAGACCUGGAUCCCUGACAAAGCAGGACUCCCCUGUGUUAAAGCUUAUAAAACGUUUAUCCUUCUCUCAAAAGAACAAAGACGAGAGUCCGUCAGAAGGUUCGGUUCCAUCCGGACCAAACUCUGGAGCUCCUUCUCCACAAGUGGAGCAAAAGGUUUUCCAUCCUUUGCCCAAAUACAUCUCCCACCGACGAGUCCCACUCAAAAAGGUGCAGAUACCCUUAUUAGUCGAUAGAAUGUUUCCAGGAAACUUGUGUUUACCACCAGUCAUGCCUCCCGAAGUCCCAGUACCCAGAGAGCUGGAACUCCAGCGGCGCAACACUGGCGACUUUGGCUUCUCCCUACGACGCACAACCAUGCUGGAUCAAAAACCUGAUGGCUCUGUCUACCGCCGUGUCGUCCACUUUGCUGAACCCGGUGCGGGCAACAAGGACUUGGCUCUAGGCCUGGUACCAGGAGACCGUCUGGUGGAGAUCAACGGGAUGAACGUGGAGAAUAAAAACAGGGACGAGAUUGUGGAGAUGAUCCGGCAAUCAGGAGAGAGCGUCCGCCUGAAAGUGCAGCCCAUCGUGGAGCUGAGCGAGCUUAGCCGAUGUUGGUUAAGAAACAGUGCAGGGGUCCGUGGUGAGGCCUGUGAGGUGAAGACCGAGGAGCAGAUCGCCGCAGAACGAGCCUGGUUCGGGACGGAGAAAGUAUGGCUGGUGCACAAAGACGGCUUCUCUUUAGCAACCCAGCUGAAGUCGGAGGAGGGAAGCGUUCCAGAGGGGAAAGUGAAGAUCAGGCUGGAUCAUGACGGCACCGUUCUGGAAGUGGACGAGGACGAUGUUGAGAAGGCGAACCCUCCUUCGUCUGACCGCGUGGAGGACCUGUCUUCUCUGCUCUACCUGAACGAGUCCAGCAUCAUGCACACCCUGCGGCAGCGCUACGGAGGAAACCUCGUCCACACUUACGCUGGAUCCAACAUAGUGGUCAUCAACCCUGUCAGCGCCCCGUCCAUGUACUCGGAGAAGGUGAUGCACAUGUUCAAAGGCUGUCGCAGAGAGGACACGGCACCGCAUAUAUACGGCGUGGCUCAGGCAGCGUACCGGAAACUUCUGACCACACGCCAGGACCAGUCCAUCGUUCUGCUGGGGAAAAGCGGCAGCGGGAAAACCGCCAACUGCCAACACCUGGUGCAGUACCUGGUGACCAUCGCAGGCAGCAACAGCAAGGUGUACUCAGCUGAAAAGUGGCAGGCCGUCUACACCAUCCUCGAGGCGUUCGGGAACUCCAGCACGUCCAUGAACGGGAACGCCAGCCGAUUCUCCCACAUCGUCUCCCUGGACUUUGACCAGGCCGGUCAGGUGGCUUCCGCUUCGAUCCAGACGAUGCUGCUGGAGAAGUCGAGGGUGACGCGGCACCAGGAAGACGAAUCCACCUUCAACAUUUUCUAUUACAUGAUGGCAGGAGCGGACGCUUCCCUCAAAACCGAGCUGCAUUUCAACCACUUUGCCGAGAACAGCGCUUUCGGGAUCCUGCCUCACUCCAAGCCUGAAGAGAAACAAAAGGCUGCUCAGCAGUUCGCUAAACUCCAGGCUGCGAUGAAAGUGUUGAACAUUUCCACAGAAGAGCAGAAGACCUUCUGGCUGGUCUUGGGCGCCAUCUACCAUCUAGGAGCCGCGGGAGCCACUAAAGCCGGCCGUAAGCAGUUCGCCAGACACGAGUGGGCUCAGAAAGCGGCGUAUCUCCUGGGGUGCAGUCUGGAAGAGCUCUCGUCAUCCAUCUUCAAACCGCAGGCCAAGGGAACGCUGCCACGAACCUCCAGCAUCCGCCAGGGGGCAGAGGACUCCGCAGACAGCACAGGGUCCAAGGCCACAGCGAUGGAGUGUUUGGAGGCCAUGGCUUCCAGUUUGUACUCGGAGAUCUUCACACUUUUGAUCUCACUCAUCAACAGAGCUCUGAAGUCCACGCAGAAGCAUUCUCUGUGUUCUGUGCUGAUCGUAGACACCCCGGGCUCCCAGAAUCCUCGGCAGGCCAAGAGCGAGAGGGGCGCUACCUUCGAGGAGCUGUGCCACAACUACGCUCAGGAGCGCCUGCAAGCUCUUUUCUACGAACGCACGUUUGUGCAAGAGCUGGAGCGCUACAAGGAGGAAAACAUCGAGCUCACGUUAGACGACAUGGAGCCGAGUCCCUCGCUGUCCAUCGCGGCUGUAGACCAGGCGUCCAGUCAGGCCUUGGUGCGGACGCCAUCAAGGACAGAUGAGGCACGUGGGCUGCUCUGGCUGAUGGAAGAGGAGGCGCUGCAUCCAGCAGGAUCAGAGGACGCACUACUGGAGAGACUCUUUAGUUAUUACGGCCCUGCAGAGGGAGAGAGCAAAGGUCACACGCUGCUGCUGAAGAGCGAGCGGCCGAAUCACUUCCUGCUCGCCCACAGCCAUGGCACAGACUGGGUGGAGUACGACGCCCGCGGGUGGCUGAACUACGCCAAACAAAACCCCGCCUCCCAGAACGCGGCCAGUCUGCUACAGAAUUCACAGAAAAAGAACAUCAGCGCCCUGUUUAUGGGCCGCUCCAGCAGCGCGACGGUUCUGUCAGGCUCCAUCGCCGGGCUGGAGGGCGGCUCUCAGCUCGCUCUGCGCCGAGCCACCGGCAUGAGGAAGACCUUCACCACCGGCGUGGCUGCCGUGAAGAAGAAGUCCCUCUGCAUCCAGAUCAAGCUCCAAGUGGAUGCACUGCUGGACACGGUCCGGAGGUCAAGGGUUCACUUUGUGCACUGCCUGCUGCCUAAGCCGGAUGCUUUAAAGACCGCUGAGCUCCAGGGUGAGAGCUGUGAUCCAGGCCUCAUGCAGCUGGACGUGUGUUUACUGAGGGCUCAGAUCCGGGGCUUCAAACUGCUGGACGCGCUUCGGAUCUACAGACAAGGAUAUCCGGACCACAUGGUGUUCUCCGAGUUCCGUCGUCGCUUCGACGUCCUGGCUCCGCACCUGACCAAAAAGCUCGGCCGUAACUACAUCGUAAAGGAUGAGAAGAGGGCUGUAGAGGAGCUGCUGGAGUGCUUGGACCUGGAGAAGAGCAGCUAUCACAUGGGCCUGAGCAGGGUGUUUUUCAGAGCAGGAACUUUGGCUAAACUUGAGGAGCAGAGAGAUGAGCAGACCAAGCGCAACAUCACGUUGUUCCAGGCCGCCUGCAGAGGAUAUCUGUCUCGCCAGGCCUUCAAGAAGAGGAAGGUCCAGGACUUGGCGAUCCGCUGCAUUCAGAAGAACAUCAAGAAGAACCGUGGUGUAAAGGGCUGGCCCUGGUGGAAGCUCUUCACUAACGUGCGUCCUCUCGUCGAGGUCCAGCUCAGCGAAGAGCAGAUCCGGGGCAAAGAUGAGGAGAUCCAGCAACUGAAAGCGAAGCUUGAGAAGGCGGAGAAGGAGAGGAACGAGCUCAGGCUGAACACAGAUCGGCUGGAAAGCAAAAUCACAGAGCUGUCAACGGAGCUGUCAGAUGAGAGGAACACCAGCGAGUCGGCGUCCCAGCUGUUGGAGACGGAGACGGCUGAAAGGCUGCGUCUGGAGAAGGACAUGAAGGACCUGCAGACAAAGUUUGACGAAAUGAAAAAGCAGAUGGGAAGUAUGGAGGUGGAGGUGAUGGAGGCGCGGCUCCUCAGGGCGACGGAGCUUAACGGGGAGAUGGAUGAAGAUGAUGAAACUGGAGGUGAAUGGAAACUGAAGUACGACCGAGCGGUACGAGAGAUCGACUUCACCAAGAAGAAACUACAGCAGGAAUUUGAAGACAAGUUGGAGGCCGAGCAGCAGAACAGGAGGCAUUUGGACAGAAAGCUCGCUGACCUGCAGGCUGAUCAGGAGGAGACCCAGCGCUCUCUACAGCAGGCGAAGAAGAAAUGCCAGAGAUUAAUGGCCGAGCUCCAGGACACCAAACUGCACCUGGAGAACCAGCAGAGCCGCAACCACGAGCUGGAGAAGAAGCAGAGGAAGUUUGAUCUGGAGCAGAACCAGGCUCAGGAUGAGGUGCAGAGAGAGAAGACACAGCGGGAGAAACUAGGAAGGGAAAAGGAUGCACUGACUGGAGAAGUGUUUACGAUCAGACAGCAACUGCAGGAUAAAGAGCUGGAGCUGUGUGGGCUGAAUGUAAAGCUGGAGCAGCUGGAGGCCGAGCUACAGGAUCUCUCGUCUCAGGAGUCGAAGGACGAGGCGUCGCUGGCCAAGCUGAAAAAGCAGCUACGUGACCUUGAGGCAAAGGUCAAAGAUCAGGAAGAGGAGCUGGAUGAACAAGCUGGAACCAUCCAGAUGCUGGAGCAGGCUAAGCUGCGUCUGGAGAUGGAGAUGGAGAGGCUGAGGCAGACGCAUUCGAAGGAGCUUGAGAGCAAAGAUGAAGAGGUAGAGGAGAUCAGACAGUCGUGUAGCAAGAAGCUGAAACAGAUGGAAGUGCAGUUGGAGGAGGAGUACGAUGAUAAGCAGAAAGUUCUGAGAGAGCGGCGAGAGCUGGAGAGCAAACUGCUGAACGCUCAGGACCAGGUGAGCCAGAGAGACGUAGAGACGGAGAAGCGCCUGAAGAAGGAUCUGAAGCGCACCAAGGCCUUGCUGGUUGAUGCUCAGCUCAUGCUCGAUCACCUGAAGAGCAACGCACCGAGCAAAAGGGAGAUCUCGCAGCUCAAGAACCAGCUGGAGGAGUCGGAGUUCACCUGUGCUGCAGCUGUGAAAGCUCGCAAGUCCAUGGAGCUGGAGAUCGAGGACCUGCACAUCCAGAUGGACGACAUGUCCAAAUCCAAGAUGUCUCUGGAGGAACAGAUCAGCAGACUGCAGAGAGAAAAGAACGACUUGCAGUCGCGUCUGGAGGAGGACCAGGAGGACAUGAACGAGCUGAUGAAGAAGCACAAGGCAGCUGUGGCCCAGUCAACAAGAGACUUGGCUCAGAUCAGCGACCUGCAGGCUCAGCUGGAGGAAACCUCAAAGGAGAAGCAGGAGAUUCAAGAUAAGAUCCAGUCUUUGCAGAGCCAACUGGAGUUCCAGGAACAGUCAAUGGUAGAGAAGUCUCUGGUCAGCAGGCAGGAAGCCAAGAUUCGCGAGCUGGAGACCAAGCUGGAGUACGAGCGCACCCAGAUCAAACGCCUGGAGGCUCUUGUGACACGGCUGAAGGAGAACCUGGAGAAGAUGACUGAGGAGAGAGACCAGCGCUCAGCCGGCGAGAACCGCGAGAAAGAGCAGAACAAGCGCAUGCAGAGGCAGAUCCGCGACAUCAAGGAGGAGAUGACCGAGCUGGCCAAGAAGGAAACUGAGGCCAGUCGCAAAAAGCAUGAACUGGAAAUGGACAUCGAGAGCCUGGAAGCAGCCAAUCAGAGCCUGCAGGCCGACCUCAAGCUGGCCUUUAAGAGGAUCGGCGAUCUGCAAGCUGCCAUCGAGGACGAGAUGGAGAGCGACGACAACGAUGACCUCAUCAAUAGUUUGCAAGACAUGGUGACAAAGUAUCAGAAAAGGAAGAACAAAACUGGAGAGGACUCUGAUGUGGACUCUGAGGUGGAGGACCGCGUGGACGGGGUGAAGUCCUGGCUCUCGAAAAACAAGGGCUCUACCAAGACCCUAUCAGAUGAUGGCAAGACCCCAAGCCAAAAAUAUCCUAAUGCAGCCAAUGCUGAUGUAAAAGACAUAAAAGAAGGGAAGGAAGGUAAAGAAGGUCAGGAUGUAAAAGAAGGGUAUAAAGACACCAAAGACACUGAGCUGAGUAGAUCGGUGUCUGUGAUGAGCACGCUUAGCUACAGGAAGCGGUCCAACCUGAAGGAUUCCAUCGGAGGCACCGGAGACGAGAGCUCCCUUUUCAGUACCCUUAAAGAGCAACCAGACACCCCAGACCGCUCGUCACUCCGCAAAGCCAAGAACAAGUGCAAUGAGAAAACCGGAGAUGACCUGGAUGACCGGGGCUCGGUCAUCUCUCAAGCCUAUUCUGAAGCCACCAGCAGAGCCAGGAAAGGUCUGGAAAGACGCUGGACCAAGAAUAGCCAAGAGUUUGACAAGGAGUCGGUCGUGUCUUCAGUGGCACCCAGCAGGACAUCUAUGCGCCGUGGACUGGACCAGGACGACGAUGCUAACUCCAUAGUAAGUGGCUACAGUGUGCGGCGAAGCAUGUCAUGGAUGGAUGAGUGCGGGUCUGCAGUGAGUCCUGGCUUAAGCCGUCGUUCAGGGGGAAGGAGCCCUGGGAGCAUCAGCAUCAGCUCGCGAACCUCGUUGGCACGCAGCAGCAGGCUUAGUGAAUUCGGUGUUAACCUGACAGACAAGGAUGAUGCUAUGAGCGUGGCCUUUAGUGAAGGUGGAAUUUCACCAUAUAGUCCUCGCUCUCUAGCCCGGAGCCAUUCCAGUCCCGCCCAAAGCCGUGCUGCUGGAGAUGAAGCACUUGACGAAACAGAUAUCAAACCCGUCACGCACCGCAACUACCUGGACCCUGAUCUGGAAAAAGCUAUCAACGAAGUUCUCAGUUUUAAGCCCAUUAAGUUCAAACGCCGCAGUCUGGAGGACACAGAUGAAGAGAAAGGAGGACCAGGAGAAGAGGAGGAUGACAGGAAGAGCAUACGCAGUUUAAAGAGCUCCCUCAAGGCUGGUGAUGAUGAUGAUGAUGAUAUUGAUCUGCGCCUGAACACAUCUAGACUUCAACGUUCAGCAUCUGGCUCAGCACUGGACUACACCCGCUCUUCCAGCAGUUUCAGCUCUCGCAGCAGAAGCAGCAGCCGCAAAGCCAAGAAGAAGAACAGAGGCUCGCGUUCGGAAAGCUCGUCAGCUGACGAACGCAGAAAGAGCUCCAAGAAGAAAGGUAAAAAGGAGUCCCGGAAAGGAAAGAAGAAGAAGGAAAGCGAAUCAGAAUCGUCUGAAUCAGAUUCAUCCGAGUCGUCUUCCAGCUCCAGCUCCGGCGUGUCCUAUCGGAGUUCCAACAGCAUAAAGAAGGGCCCGGGCCGAGGCGCACCGGUACCUGACGAGGAUGCGGGGCUAGAUGCAGAAGAUAGACCCCUAAGCAGGAAAGAAGAGAGGAAGAAGAAAAAGAAGAUGGACAACCUGGUGAUGAAGUACCUUUACAGACCUGAUAGUGAUUAAAUUCAGGACGUGCAACAGGAGACACCUGAGCCGGACUGUCGAAGAAGUAGGAGAGGAGGAGGAGGACAAGGAUCUCCGACAGACCCUCGUUGCUGACGGAGAUGGCG